GUAAGCCUUUUAGUUCCUAUCAUCAUCUUAGUGGAUGUAGAACUUUCUUUCAAUAAGUAAAAUUGUAAAAAGCUGAAACGUGUUUGGUAUUCUUUCGAGCAAUUGUACUUAUUCUGAAUAGUAGUGAUCCGGAACUGAGGCGACAAUGAUCACCACACUGAUGGCACGAACGGCGGUGGUCUCCAUCGCGGUCUACAUGACGAACCGCGUGGGAGUUUGGGGCAAGACAGAGGAGACGGACCGCCUGCUCCAGCAGAUCACCAGGGGUCUUAACCCAUUAUUCGGACUGCUGGGUCGUGCGCUACACCUGGAACCGACCAAUCUGAGUGUGGGCGAACUGGCCCGGGAAUACUACAACCAGGGUGUCAAGGGGACCUUCCACGUAAUCCGGAACCUACCCAACUACUCCGAAGAUCUGGCCGACGGGGCCAAGAUGGCCUGUCUCGACUUGGUGGAUAAGGCCAAGGAGCUGCGCCAACAAGAUGCAGGAUGGUGGAAUAUUGCCAGAGAUAAUGCCGAGCUGGAGAAUCUAGCUAAACCCACAAAUCCUGCUGCCGGAGAUGGACCCUCCCACGAAGUAAUCCUUAUCGAGAGGCCGGGGGAUAGAGAUGGCUUUGCUGGGGAUGGCGAAGUUGCCCUCAAGCCAAGGACAAAGUGAGGGUCUGAAUACCACAAGACAAAAGAUAAACUUCACCAUGACUGGCCAUCUGCUAAAUCUAAUUGUUCAAUUUUUGGGUACAGUACAACUAUUUAAAUCAGGUCUUGAAUGUAACUCACCAGUGUUGAUACUCUGAAACUAAUUUUCCUACAAGUAAAAGAAAUAAAUUGCAAAAUUGCAUUUCGUAACCUCAAAGAUUGCUAA